AUGUGCUCAGAAGAGUCAAAUACUCAUAAACGUGCUUUCUUGGAGUCGUCUUUCCACGAAGACUCACGAAAACGCACGCGUUUAACUGUAACCGACGCUGACCCAUCUAAUUUAAAUACUCUAAUGUUUGCCAUUCCUACCACCACCACUACACCUACUAUUACUAAUAAUCUAAAUUAUGGAACCAACGAUUCUUUUUAUCCAAAACCUUUUCAACCGAUUCAAAGUUAUGACUUGCUUUCGCCCACCGUUACUACUGACAGUAAUAAUAACUUGCUUACAGCUAAUGAAGAUUAUAAAGAUUAUAAGGUUUAUAAUAAUUUUCAACAACAAGAGCAAGACGUGUGUAUAAUUGAACCGGACGACGACGUCGAAGUUGUAGAUUUGUAUACUGAUAAAAAACGUCGUCAAGAACUAGAAGAUGCUCAAAUGGCUAGAAAUUUACAACUCCUAUAUGAUAAGGAAACCGCUACUGACGAGCAAAAGAGACGUGACGAACAAUUGAGGCGCGAUGAAGAAUUAGCAAGACAAUUGGCGGCCGAAUUAAAUGGCGGUGCUGAUACUUCUUUUAAUAAUUCUUCUUCGUCUCCUGCUGCGUCAAAUAGUUUCUCGUCAGAUGUUACGAUAUCGUCCGCCGCAGCAUCGACGUCAGAUCAUUUGAUUCCAAUGUCUACGGAUAGUUCUCUCAUAGGUAAUCAACCAAACAUUGAUUUAAGCUACCUCAAUUUUGGGCAACAUCAACCACCACCACCGCAGCAACAUUCUUAUCUUUCGAAUAUUAUUACUCUUGAAACAGAUUUAAGUGCAUUUUCCAUUUCCGAAACAGCACAGAACCCACCGCAAGAAAUUAAUGCGUUAUCACAGAAUACCGUGGAAGAAGGUUCUAUUAUGGAUGAGACGCUAGGUGAUGGUGUUUGGAUGUUUGAUAACUUCACGACUGGACUUCAACAACUUCCUCCUCUCUAUGGUAGUACUUCAUUAAAUCAAUAUUUUAUCUUCCCUCCUAAUUGGUCUAAUAUUGAUUUCGAUUCAUUUGGAUUAAAUAAUAAUAAUUCCGGAAUUGCAAAAGAGCCAACCCCAGCGCCAUCAUCUUUAACCUUUUCACAAUCAUCUUCAUUUAUGACCGCUGCCGAAUUAUACAGGUUAAACAGUGACGUGCCAAUUUUACCUCGAAACAUAGGUGCUACUUCAAAUAAAAAACCUCUUCCUAAAAAAACUCAAGAAGAACAAUUGCGUGCCCUACUUGAAGACAUUAAUACUGAUUUAGACUCAUUGACACCACAAGAUCUAACUGACACACCAGAAAAUUUAAUUCCGGAUUUGAUGAAUCAUCAAGUUAUCGGUCUCACGUGGUUGAUCAAAAAAGAAGAGAGUAUAAAUCACGGAGGAAUUCUUGCUGAUGAUAUGGGUCUUGGAAAAACAAUCCAAUCACUUGCACUAAUUUUGGCACGUCCUUCCACCGACAGUUCACGGAAGCCGACUCUUGUGGUAACACCAGUCUCGUUAAUGUAUCAAUGGGCUCAUGAAUUCGAGACAAAAACACGGGGACUUCAAGUCUUUGUGCAUCACAGCAAAAAUAAAAUUACAUCCAGCCGACAAUGUCAAAAAUAUGAUGUUAUUAUCACGAGUUAUCAUACGAUCGCUGGUGAAUUCGAAGCUCGGGUUACCCCAAUUUCUGAUGCAAAGUGGCACAGAAUAAUUCUCGAUGAAGCUCAGUCGAUAAAAAAUAAAAGUACAAAAGCUGCAAAAGCUUGCUGCCAAUUGGAUGCUACUUACAGAUGGUGUCUAUCAGGAACUCCUAUCCAGAAUAAUAUCGAGGAGCUCUAUUCUCUCAUCAAAUUCCUUCGAAUUGAGCCUUACUGUGACUGGAAUGAAUUUCGACAGGCUUUUGUAAAGUCAAACACGCAAAUUGUAAUGAAGCGCUUACACGUCGUGUUGAAAUCAAUUCUGUUGAGACGUAAUAAGAAUGCCAAGAUCAACGGCGCGCCAAUUAUAAGGCUUCCGCCACGCCAUGUCCAUCUCACAAAUACUUACUUCUCUCCAGAAGAACGAGAAUUCUAUUAUUCUUUGGAGAAGAGAAGUCGACUUACCUUCAAUCGAUUUUUGAGGGAAGGUUCGGUCAUGAAAAAUUAUUCAAAUAUCCUUCAACUGUUGCUGAGACUUCGCCAAGCGUGUUGUCAUCCAUUCCUCAUUCGAGAUCGCAAUGUUGUUGAAGGGGAGGAUGGCGAGAAUAAUAAAGAUACCUUUGAAACGAUCUUUGAAAAAAUGAAGCAAGACGUUAUCAACCGAUUGAGAGAGCAAGAUCUCGACCAAAAAGAAUGUCCAAUUUGUUAUGAUUCUGCUGUGGAUCUUUCAAUCCUUGUGUUGUGUGGUCAUUCUUAUUGUCGUGAAUGUCUCCAUGGAUUAUUUGAAGUAGAGGCAGGAACGAAAUCAUGUCCUGAAUGCCGCGGAAAGUUUACGAUGACUGAGGACUUCCGAAAAAACUCACCUGGUGACAAAACAAUAAUCUUCAGUCAAUUCACUAGAUUGCUGGAUCUCGUGGAGUACGCGCUAAGGGAUAAUGGAUUCAAAUUCACUCGCUAUGACGGGAAGUUGAAUACAAACGAACGCACCGAAGCUUUGAAAACUUUCGAAGAGUGUCAAGAUAUCAAUGUGAUUCUAGUCAGCUUAAAAUGUGGUGGUGUGGGUUUGAAUUUGACGACUGCCAAUCGUGUUAUUAUGUUGGACCCUUGGUGGAAUCCGGCGAUGGAAAAUCAAGCAAUCGACAGAGUCCAUAGAAUUGGACAAAAGAAAGAUGUUGAAGUACAUCGAAUCAUUAUUCCCAACACUAUUGAACAACGUAUUCUUGAUUUACAAGACAAAAAACAGCAUUUAGCGUCACAAGUAUUGGGCGAAGGUGGCUCAACACAACUUGGUCGUUUGGGACUUCAAGAUUUAAAGUAUCUAUUCCGGGGAUAA